AUUUAGUUAUGCUGUGAAAUUAACUGAUCUACAACUUAUUGAAUUAUAUUCAAUAUGACUAUAACAGUUAAAAGUCCUUUUAAAAAAGUUUAUUUCAAUUUAGAAGUUAUUCAGUUAAAUUUUGAUCCAGAGCAGUCGAAUUCUAAUUCAUUUAUUUCACAUUUAACUUCAAUUUUCUCUCACCAUACAGUCCGAUCUUGGCGUAUCAUUCAUCCAUCUGGUGUUGAAUUGAUUGGACAAAGUGACGAAAAUAAAUCUCAACAAGUUAUUCCUGUUCUUGGUGAUUGUGUGCAUCCAGUGAUAUGGAAGGGUUACGUCGAGUUAAAGAGGCAUGAUUUACGAAGACACUGGGAGAAUCUUGUCAGACAUUUAUGCCUUGAUCGUUCACGUCAACCAUCGCAUUGUGCUAUUUGGAGAUUUGAUGAGGACCAUAAUUUUUAUAAAUUGAUCGGAGUUGAUAGAAACAUCAAACUAAGUGAAAAAUCUUUUCCAACAUCCAUUUAUACCUUCAGUCUCGGUAAUAUAACCAAUGGGAAUCGCUUUAUGAUCCGCUUUGGCACCUUCUGGCUUAAACGUCCUAGAAUUACUUAUAAUGAUGAAGGAAAAACUGAAAUUGCGAUUGAAGAUACAAAGAUCAAACACAAUAACGCCAAGAAAAAGUUUGUGUUAAAAUUCACUUUGAAGACUACAACCAGCGGAGCUAUUGGACCAGGUACUUCAAAAUAUAGACUAGUCUAUGAUUACAAAUCAAUAAAAAGAGUCAUAAUCUGUUCGAGCAAAGAUGGUCAAAUCUUUACUGUACAAAGACUUUACUUUCAAUUGCUUUAUCCUCCAAGAGUUUUUAUCAAAGCUCCAGAGAAUAAAUCUGGUGUUUUAAAGCGAAUACGAACAACUGAUUGUGGCGAUAAAUUAUCAAGCGAUGUCAUAGGUGGAAGCGAUGUUCUUAGAUUGGUAAUGAAUAUCGAAGAUGAUUCCAUUAUAACGACUAUCUAUGGAUGGCAAAAAUAUCAUCAUUUCGAUAUAUGCUAUGGAUCAUUGACUGAGUGUACCUCAACAUCGACCAAACCUAAAUAUCCAAAAAGCUUUCCUUUAACAGUAAAUUAUGCUUUGAAUUGUAUCUACUCGAUUGGAUAUCAUGGAGGAGUAAAGGUGCUUAAUCAAAUAAUCUUGAAAUACGUUAAGGCUAAUAAGGAAGAGCUGAUUGUUGAAGCUCUGUACCGAUUAUUUGAUGCUUAUCUGGUUGGUAAAGUUUACAAUGCUAUUGAACAUUUGAAAUCACUUUUGGACCAAAUUGAAUCUGAACAGAUAAAUGGCGAAGAGAAAUGUGAAACCAAAAAUGAAACGAAUUAUCAAAGCUGGACAAUUAUAACUCCGACUCAGACAAUAUUUACUCCACCAAUCACUCAUGAUCCAACAAUGAAUGAUCCCCUAAUAAGAGUUAUUGUACGCGAUGAAGAUAUCGAUUUGUCAAUUUUACUCGACAAGAACAUGUAUGAUAAUUUGGAUGAACAAAUACCAUACAGAAAACGAUCGAAAGCAAAUGACCAAUUCUUACGCGAUGUUAUUGUGAAAAGAUUUUGGAACUCUGGAUAUUUUAAUGUCGCUGGCCAAGCAUACAUUCCAAAAAUGGACAUUUUAAUCAAAUCUGAUCAAACCACUUGUUAUGAUCAAUGCAAUGUUCAGUAUAAAGCUGCGAUUUCUUUUGCCAAUGCUUCUAAGGCUAUGCUCAGAAAAGAAACCAAAAUACGCCUUGUGAAACAGCCACGUUUUCUUAUUCCAGAUACUAAUUGUUUCAUUCAUCACCUCAGUAAAUUGCAAACUUUGGUAGAAUGUGGUCAUUUUAAAGUGAUUGUACCUUUAAUUGUGAUAAAUGAACUUAAUGGGUUAAUGUCGAGGAUAACUCAGCCUACAUCAGAUUCUCCUUUACCCCUGAGUAUUCGAGAGACUUGCGACACAGAUGACCGAGAAAAGGAGAUGAAAGUUGGACAAGCAGCGAAAGAAGCUUUUGAUUAUCUAGAAACUAGUUUUAAUGAGAAAAGUAACAAGCUCAAAAUUAUUACAUCCAAUGGAUCUUUUAAAAACGACAUGAAUUUCAAAAAUAAAAAUUCUAAAGUUGAAAAGACUAAUGAUGAUGAUCUGGUUUUGUCAAGUUGUCUUCGAUUUAUUAAGAAAAGGAACUCAAAACAAAAAAAUCCCGAAGAUACAGAUGUAUUUCGAGAGACUGUUUUGUUAACUGAUGAUCGUAAUCUUCGAGUUAAAGCUUUAUCACAUAACGUGCCCGUUAAAAGCUUACCUGUGUUCCUUCAAUUCGCAAACUUGCAAUAAUUUAAUUUAUCCGCCCCGUAACUAUUCGUAUACUGGCAAUUAUCAAUUGUCUUCUGUGACUGUUUUUUCAUAUUUUUUAGUUCUUAUAGAAACAACUUUGUAUACAAUUUCGACUUAGCUUAUCAUGCAAAAAACCAAAAAAACUGAAUAAACAACAAAAAAUCUCACAUACAAUUA